AUGAUAUUGGCUAUUAGAUUUAUUUACUCAAAUAAUAAACAAAGUAAUUUAAAAAAAAUAUUUUUUUUGUUUGAAAUAGUAUCUGAUAAGUAGAAUUAAUUAAUAACAAUUAUCUUCUAUUAAAUUUUUCAAAAACAAUUUAUAUUUGUAAAUUAUCUAUCUGGUUAAUUAACACUUAUUUAAAUGAUUGAUAGAAAAUAAGCUAAAACUUCUUUAAAUAGCUCUUUUAGAAAAGUAGAUGAUUGGGUGGUUAAAAGAAAGGAAAAAGAAAUACAAAAUGAUAAUUACAUCUCUAAAUUUGUUUCUGAUGAGAAUGAUGAGAUCAUCUUUAAAAAUGCUUACAAAAACUUUGAUGAAUUUGUGAAUAACGUUUUUUCUUCUGAUAAAUCCAUUAAAGAUUAUCUCAGGGGAAGAAAUUCAGAUUAGUAAAAGGUUUAUGAUUCUAAUUUUUAAAAGGGUAUUCAGUCACGGUCUUAAGAGCACUAAGCUGCAUUAAAAAAAAAGAUGAAUUUUAAUAACUCUCCCUAGCACUCACCUUUAAAUGGAUACAAAAAUUUACAUAAUACUAAUCUCAAAAAGGUGAAUAACAAAUCUCCACAAAAUAAUAACAUAAUUUCUUCUACAUCCUAUGGAUAUUUUAGAGACUAAAACAAAAAAGAAAAUGAUUUCUUUAGUAAGACUUCGCAUCUGUUUAAAUCUAAUAGCAAAAUACAAUAGAAUCUACUGCCAAAAGUGAAAGUGCAUAAAUAUAAUUUAUAAGACAGCUCAUUGAAAUCUCCUAGCAAAAUAUCUAAAGAAGGUUCUCUUAAAUUUAUUAAUAGUUCUAUCAAAGAAGGUUCGUUAAAAGUUAAUAGCAAAGUAACAAAAGAGGGAUCUAUAAACAAUAGUCCUUCUAAACCCCUACCCUUUAUUGAAUUGGAAGCAAGCAAACUUAUUGAUAUGUAAAUGCCUGAUGAAAAUUCUAACAUGUACGAUUUCCUUAAAGAAUAAGGAUAAAAUAUACAACAAGUUGAAAAUGAUAUAGUUAAUAAUCAUUUUCUUUCAUCAAAAAUGCUUUUUUAAAAUUCAAAGGAAGUCAUCAGCAAUAAUUCUACAACUUUUUUACUUUAAAAUUCCUAAAGAAUUUUAGGAGAUUCUGAAUUUAUUUCGCCUCCUAAGAGACUCUUUAGUAAGCAUGUCUAUAAAUAAAUAUACGUAAACAUCUACAGGCUACAUAAUUUGAUAAAAAAUGAAAGCUAAAAAGACGUUAAAUUUAAUUUAAGAUUACCUUUAUCUUGCAUUUAGAUUUUAAAUAUGUUAUACGAAUUUACUUAGGAUGAAAUAUAUAAAACUCUUUCUUAAAUUUCUUAAAAAUAUAUAUUUUGUUACGAUUCAUCUAUCAUUAAUUUGCUGUCUAACCAUUUGAAGAUAAGUAGAAUUUAAUUAAUAUUACUUUUAUUUUUUAAUUUAUCAUCAUUUAUUGAAAUAGAUUUUCAAAAUAAAACUUAUUGCUUUUGGGAACUUUUUAAUGAAGUUUGCAAGAUUUUAGACAGCUCUAACAAGGAUAAUGAAAUUCUGAUAUAAAAUUUAAGAUUAUAAAUAUAAAAACAAAAUGAAGAGCUUAGUAUUCUCUAAAAAGAAAAUGAUCUUUAUAAAUAAAAUAUAGAAAAUAUUUAAAAAAAAUGUGAAGAUCAAUUUGCAAACGAGAAAACUUCUAUUUUAGACUAGUUACAAUAGAAAAUCAAAGAAAACUAAAAACUUUAAGAUGAAAUGUCUCUUUACAAAAAGUAAAUUAAAACUUAAGAGGGAAUAUUUAUGUAAAAUGAAGCAGAAAUGAAGAUGUUUACAAAGUAGCUUGAAAAUGAAUUUUCUACAAGUAUUUAACAAAUGGAAAAGAAUAUUUUUGAUUUAAAUAAUUAAAACACUAGUUAUGCUAACAAAAUCAUUAUAAUGCAAGAUAGUUAUGCAGCCUAAUUAGUCAGUAUAAGAAAUUUUAGAGAGAGAAUAUUUGAUUUAGAAUCUAAAAUGGGAUAAAUUAUUGAAGAAAAUUCCAGAUUAAAUGCUAGAGCAGGCACAAAUUUUUAUGAGUUAACACCAAGACCUAGUUUUACUUCUCUGGAUUAAAUCUUAAAUACUAUUAAUAAUCAAGAUUAAUAAAAAAAAUAAGUAUAAACAAUAAAUUUUAAGCUUAAAUCUACAUAAAAAAAAGUACAUGAGAAGGCAAAGUAAAUCUAGACAUAUAUCAAUGGUAUUAAGUAAUCUUAUGAAAAUAAAAUAUAAGAACUAUCUGAACAACAGUAAAUUUCUAAUAACUAAUAGGAUUUAAAGAAAAAAGUUAAAUAAAAACCUAAAGUAGUUCAGAAAGACUAAAAAGAUAUUAAAGAUUAGUAAAAUUCUCAAUAAUAACGCUAUAAAGUUAAUCCAUAUCAGGCAACUUCUUAAAUAUCAAAGAUGUCUUUAGGAACUGAGAGUGAAGAAGUUCUUGGUAGGUCAGCUGUUGAAAAUGAUUUAGAAAAAAUCAGUAGUAGCAACAUCAAUAAAAAACCAACCCAUAAAGAUAAUUCAAGUAUAAAUCUUCCUUAAAAAUAAAUUGAUUUUGAGUCACUUAACCAUAGCUGA